AUGUCUUCGCUGAAGGCCGCCACGGUCUCAAACAGGAUUGUACGACGGAAACGUAAGCGGAAUGACGAUGAAGGGUCCCGAGAAACAGCCUCCAUCCACGAUGCCGAUCCGGCUUCAGCUCCAGGCACAUCUCAAGACCAACCGGAUCCUCUUCAGCCAACAACGCCCCAUACUACCAGCCCGCCCACGGACUCUCGGAAUCGACACCCAAAGAGGACCGCACCACCCGGUGCCGAUGCCGAAUGCUCGAUAGACUGGCCACCCUUGUUCAAGCAACUGGAUAAGACACACCGGGCGCUUAAUCUUGUGUUCACUUUUUGCUCCACUCGCAAGCAUCUUGCUACCACUUUCGACACGAUCAGGACCGCAGUCGAGUCUCACACCAAGAGCAAGCUCCUCAUCGAAGAUGUGGCGGCGAUCGUUGCGCUGCGGCCGGAAGGCAUCAGCUUUGCAUAUGUCGACGAGGUUAUGCUUCAGAUCGAUAUCAAAGGGGCCGAAAGAGACGCAAUCUUCAAAUCUGGCAGAUCCAAUGACUUCAGGACGCAAGGUCCCGCACCUGACGCCUCUGUUGGGGGCCUCACGGGUAUGGAUGACCUGGCCGGCCGUCACCCUGACGAACCCCGACCCAGUGGCAGCGAGGUCCUUUACCUUGAGUUCAUUGACGGUGACCUGAAGCGUCAAGUUCAGAGCAAGAAGACCGGGGAGCCAACUAAACCCAAUCGGAAGCUUCGAGACGAAGAUCUCAAGAUGCCAGUCUUUAGCCAGAAGCAGAUGACCUCUUUAAUCGAGAAGCGGAACCAGAAGUUUACAAAUGCUGUCAACGCUUUUCUGAACCGAUGUGUGGAGGAGAAAUUGGAUCCCGAGCUCGUGCUCCGACAAGAAGCUGAGCCCUAUAUUCCUGUUCCUUCGGAGUCCAUACCGUCUACGCCUAAACCAGAGCCAAGCACAAUACCGAAGACGAUACCCAAAGAGAGAAAGGCCAUUCCAGAGAUCAUACAGGAGCUGAAAGAGAGUUCUUGGUAUACAGGUCAAAUCGUACCGGACGGCCAUCGUGUCUUUGAGGCUCAGGAGCCUGCUUAUGGCGACCUUGAUUUCCUGUUAAGCCAGGAAAUGGUCAAUGCCUUAUACAAUGCCAAGGGCAUUACCCAGUUUUACGCGCAUCAGGCAGAGGCAAUCAACCAUCUCCAAGCCGGGCAUAAUGUUGUUGUGUCUACUUCGACGAGCUCCGGGAAAUCGCUCAUCUAUCAGCUGCCUGUCCUCCAUGCGCUACAGCAGGAUUUCCUCACUAGGGCAAUGUACAUCUUUCCAACAAAGGCACUUGCACAAGACCAGAAGCGCAGCCUCAAGGACAUGUUAUCAUACAUGCCUGGGCUUGAGGACGUCCUUGUUGAAACAUUCGAUGGUGACACGGCCAUGCGAGACAGGAACCAGAUUCGCGAUGAAGGUCGAAUCAUCUUCACCAACCCUGACAUGCUGCACAUCACCAUUCUUCCUCAGGAAGACAGAUGGCGCACAUUCCUCAAAAACCUGAAGUAUGUCGUAGUCGAUGAGCUCCACUACUACAAUGGGCUCAUGGGCUCACACGUCGCUUUCAUCAUGAGACGGCUUCGGCGCAUAUGUGCAGCGGUAGGUAACCGUCGUGUCAGAUUCAUAUCCUGUUCCGCCACAGUGGCGAAUCCAAAAGAACACUUCAAGACCAUCUUCGGCCUUGAUGAUGUCCAUCUAGUUGACUUUGAUGGCUCACCCUCGGGCCGGAAAGAGUUCUUAUGCUGGAAUACACCUUACAAAGACCCAGGUGAUCCUUCUAGCGGUCGCGGUGAUGCCCUAGGCGAAUGCGCGCGGUUGUUCUGCCAGCUCAUAUUGCGAGGAGUCCGAGUCAUCGCCUUCUGUCGAGUCAGAAAACAAUGCGAGGCUCUUGUGUCGGCGGCCAAGUCUGAACUUGAAUCACUGGGCCGUCCUGAAUGCAUGGCUCGUGUUAUGGGUUACCGUGGAGGCUACACUGCUCAAGAUCGUCGACGCAUCGAGAGCGAGAUGUUCGAGGGUAAGCUCAUGGGCAUCAUUGCAACGACUGCACUUGAGCUGGGAGUUGAUAUUGGCACCUUAGAUUGUGUUAUCACGCUAGGCUUCCCUUAUACCAUUGCCAAUCUGCGUCAACAGAGUGGCAGAGCCGGGCGACGUAACAAAGACUCGCUAUCGGUUCUUGUUGGAGACUGUUUUCCUACUGAUCAGCACUACAUGCAGAACCCGGACGAACUUUUCACAAAGCCUAACUGUGCCCUUCAGGUUGACUUGGACAAUAUGUUAGUGUUGGAAGGGCACAUUCAAUGUGCUGCAUAUGAAAUGCCUAUUCGGCCUGUUGACGAUGCGAAAUACUUCACCAAAGACUUGGCGAAGAUUUCCGAGGAACGAUUGAUCAAGGAUGACCUUGGGUAUUACCACUGUCACGACAGGUUCCGUCCGGUUCCUUCCAGAUUCGUAGCGAUACGCGAUACUGAGGAGGACCACUUCGCGAUUGUGGACAUUUCUCAUGGUCAGAACAUUGUCCUGGAAGAGCUUGAGGCAUCCCGUGCUUUCUUCACAAUAUACGACGGCGCAAUCUUCUUGCACCAGGGAAAUUCGUAUUUGGUCCGGGACUUUCAGCCGGACAAGAUGAUAGCCAAGGUUGAGAAGGUCAAGGUCGAGUGGACUACACAGCAGCGCGAUUUCACGGAUAUCGACCCCGUUGAGACCGAGGUCAUCCGCAAAAUCCCCGGAUCCCUAUCUCGUGCUUUCCAUGGUUCCAUCAGGAUAACGCAAAAUGUGUUCGGUUACUUCAAGAUCGAUAAGAAGCGAAGGAUUCUGGAUGCUGUCCAUGUUGAUAACCCGCCCAUCAUUCGGUAUAGCAAGGGCAUGUGGCUAGAUGUGCCGAAGAAAGCAUUGGAAAUCCUAGUCGACCGUCGACUUAAUGUCGCAGGUGCCAUCCACGCUGCCGAGCAUGCCGUUCUCAGCCUCAUGCCCAAUUUCGUCAUCAGCAUGCCCGGAGAUGUGCGGACGGAAUGCAAGUUUGGGAUAAAGGAAUUUGCGGAGAAGGAAACGCAAAGAAAACGACCAGGUCGGCUCACGUUCUACGACGCCAAAGGCGGUGCUGGAGGCUCUGGAAUCAGCACCAAAGCCUUCGACUUCAUAGACUUGCUACUGGUCCAAGCCGUGAAGCGGGUGGACUAUUGCCACUGUGAGCACGGCUGCGUCGAGUGCGUCUGCUCCGAGUUGUGCAAGCACUCCAACGAGGUCAUGAGCAAGGCGGGCAGCUCCGUAAUUCUGAAGGCGUUGCUGAACAUGGAGAUUGACGUAGAAGCGCUGCCCAUGGGACCCGAGGAGUUCAGCCCUGCAGGUAUUGAGACAGUCGUGCUGGCCAAACCGGUGCCAUCUCGCGGACGGAUAAUGGUGGAUGGGAUUGAGGUUAAGAUGGAAGACACAGAUGCACCCAAUGUGUGA